UGAACGAUUCGUUCACGAGUCGGACAUCGCUACUCCCUCAGAGAAAUUGACAGCAGCUGGGUCGCCUGUGUGAGCAAACCCGAAGGACAGACACGGCAGAAAAUAAAACUCUGCCGUUACAGUGGGCUCCCCCUUCCCCUUUCCCCCACCGUUUGAGCGUACAUAUCAACGAACCGACCCGGACGAGCGCUCUGACUCUGUUUCCCCGCUCUUACAGCGGAGCGGUCAGGACUUUUCUUCCUCGCGAACUGAAACGUCAGUAGCUUAGCCGAGCUAGCGGGCUAACGCGACUAGCUGGGUUCAGCUACAAGGAGGAAUUACAAUUAUUCCACCGAGAGACACUGAAGAAUGUCGGGGAAGGAGCAGAAUAAACAAUCCACCACCGAACGGCUUGUAAAAGCAGUGCCAUACCCUCCCACGACGCGGCUCACCUUGAAAGAGCUGUACGAGGAUGGCAAGCCCAAGCUGGAGCUUUUGAAGAGCCACCUGGUGAAAGAGGGCCGCCUGGAGGAAGACGCAGCGCUAUGCAUCAUCAACGACGGUGCCAACAUCCUUCGCAAUGAGAAAUGCAUGCUGGAAGUUGAGGCCCCCAUCACAGUGUGCGGAGAUGUCCAUGGGCAGUUUUUUGACCUGAUGAAGCUCUUCGAGGUGGGGGGUUCCCCGCACAAUACACGCUAUCUAUUUUUGGGAGACUAUGUGGACCGAGGCUAUUUCAGUAUUGAGUGUGUGCUCUACCUGUGGGCCUUGAAGAUUAACCAUCCAAACACCCUCUUCCUCCUCAGAGGCAACCACGAGUGUCGGCAUCUCACGGAGUACUUCACCUUUAAACAAGAAUGCAAGAUUAAGUACUCGGAACGCGUGUAUGAUGCCUGCAUGGAUGCCUUUGACUGCCUUCCACUGGCCGCUCUGCUCAACCAGCAGUUCCUGUGCGUUCACGGAGGCCUGUCCCCCGAGAUCACCUGCCUCGAUGACAUCCGGAAAUUAGACAGGUUUAAAGAGCCGCCAGCUUUCGGGCCGAUGUGCGACCUGCUGUGGUCUGACCCUGGCGAGGACUACGGCAGUGAAAAGAGCUCGGAGCACUUUUGUCACAACAGUGUGAGAGGAUGUUCCUAUUUCUACAGUUACCCUGCAGUAUGUGACUUUCUGAUGAAUAACAACUUGUUGUCAGUUAUAAGAGCACAUGAAGCCCAAGAUGCAGGGUAUCGAAUGUACAGAAAAAGUCAGACGACAGGCUUCCCCUCUUUAAUCACAAUCUUCUCUGCACCAAACUACUUAGAUGUGUAUAACAAUAAAGCUGCUGUGUUGAAAUACGAGAACAACGUCAUGAACAUCCGGCAGUUCAAUUGCUCUCCUCACCCGUACUGGCUGCCCAACUUCAUGGACGUGUUCACGUGGUCACUGCCCUUCGUCGGGGAGAAAGUAACCGAGAUGCUAGUCAACGUGUUAAACAUCUGCUCUGAUGAUGAGCUCAUGUCAGAAGGAGAUGAUACAUGUGAAGGUGGCACCCCGGCAGUCCGCAAGGAGGUGAUCCGAAAUAAGAUUCGUGCCAUUGGCAAGAUGGCCAGAGUUUUCUCUGUUCUUAGAGAGGAGAACGAGAGUGUGUUGCAGUUAAAGGGCUUGACCCCCACUGGGACGUUGCCUCUGGGUGUGCUGUCAGGUGGCAGACAGACCCUACAGAGCGCCACCGUAGAAGCAGAGGAAGCACGAGCCAUCCAAGGCUUCAACCCUCAACACAAGAUCCAAAGCUUCGAGGAAGCACGCGGACUGGACCGGAUAAACGAGCGAAUGCCUCCUCGCAAGGACAGCAUCCAGCCAGACGGCACUGCCAACUCCAUCAACGCAGCCAAUUCCCCCGACAAGAACGGCACCAACGCUCAGGCGUAGUAACCCAGCAGCUACCUAGCGCUCUCCCUCAUCCUUUCCUUUCUGUCUCUCUCUUAUUUCUCGUCUGUCUCUCCCUCUGUUUUCCUCUUAUUCUCUCUCUUUUUGGUGAGGUGAUGCCCCCUACAUGCAAAACUCUCCAGGACCGUUUCGGGGAGAUUCGCACAAUACCAUGAAGAGGACGUAGUGAAAAACAAACCAUGGUUCUUAUUUAUUUACUGAGAUAGAUGAUAAGAAAUGUAAGAUCUGUAAUGGUGGGAAAAUUGAGAUGAAUGAAUACGUGCAUGAUGAAUAUUACAAGUGUAUAUAAAAUACAGAAUAUAUAUAUAGACGUAGCAUUGGGGUGGUGUAAGGUCAUCUUAGAUUCAGUAGGUAAAAGAAAAAAAAAAAUCAAUUUUGUACAUUUACGUUUAUAAAUUAGACUUCUUUCUGAUUUUUUUUUUUUUUUUUUUUUUUUUUUUUUUUUUAAACAUCCAAGACUUGCUCUGCAGAAUUUCUUUAUCAUUGUUUGUGCGCUUGGCAAAAUAUUUCUUGACCCAGCAUAAUUAUAUAGAAUGCUUAUUUGUGAAUAAUACCCAAAGCGAGUAUGAUGAUUGUUGAUGCAAAUCAAAACACACAAAAAAACAUUUUGGUAUUGAAACAAUAUGUGGAAAAAUACCUUCAUAAUGCCAAUUAUAGCUAAGAUGAGUGCAUUAAUUACAAGUGUUGACACGUGUAUAUGUAUGUACAUGUACAUUUUCAAGUGUUCUCUCAACCAAAUGUCAUGUUUACUUUUGUUCAUUAGUUUUCUUUUUUCUUGCUCUUAAUUCAAACUACACCAAUUUGUAAUCAAAAAGGUGAAAAAAAUCAAAAACCAUCCCUGACGUUUCGCAAGAUGGUUGGAGAAGCGUUUGUCUGCAUUUUUUUGUUUACUUUUUCCAUCCAUUUUGUAGUCACUCAAACUUGUACAUGCCUCUACAGUAAUUUUGCACACUUUUAGACCUUUCAUCGUUUUGCAAAUACCACAGUGGUUAAAGGCGUGAUGCUAUGAAUUUAUGCUGACUUUUUUUUUUUUUUUUGCUAUCCUGCUUCAGCAGUCAAAUGAAUUCUAUGAUGUGUGCGUUAAAUGUGAUUGGUGGACGUUAAACAUCUCAGAAAAUGUGCAUGCAUGCCUUACAUCUUGCGUCUCAUCUCUGCUAAAGUAACGCAUAUGAAAUUUGUGAAACCAAAUGUUUUUCUAUUGCCUUUAUUUUCCAUUUCUACGAAACCGUUGAAGCCCACAAGUUGAACGUGUUAAUUCAAUUCAUGUAAAUAAUGUACCUUUAAUAGUUUGCAUCAGCGAACUUGUUAUAAGUAUCUUCAGCGCUAGUAUUUCUAUAGCUGAGCUGUGCGCUCUUCUAAAUGCCUGUAUUCUCUAGAGUGGACCAUUUUCCACGCAUAUGGUUGGCUGAAGUCUCAUCUUUGCAUUUACCUGAAGCAAGGCAAUGUUAGUUUUUGAUAGCUUUUUCUGUAGUGUGCGUUUUGAGAAUUAAGGACAUGAUUUGCAAGAACUGUUUACCAAAUGGUCUUUUCAAACCUUUUGUUUUCUGUACCAUUAUUGUUGCAUAAUAAUCUGGCGACUGGAGAUUUUCGCCGCGCAAAGACUCCAACUUCCUGUGCGUUACACAUUUGAGGUCAUGUGCCAUGCUAAUAACUGUAGCAAGAGUUCUGUGUGCAUGCAUUGAGACUGUUGCUCACACAUGUAUUUUCCAAUCUUUUUUUUUUCUUUUUUUUUUUUUUACGCUGCAAGCAGUUCAGGGUCUGUAUUUCUUGCGCAAUACUUUUCAUGGUGCACAUCUUAAAACAAGACUUGGCGAGGGUAAACCUGCAUGUUAUCAUUAUUGUAUUUAAAAGUAACUCUCAUCCAAAGACAAUUCAGUGUUUUAAUGUAAUAUAUGGCUUUAUUAUUAACAAAAGAAAAAAAAACAACAACUGCUGAUUUUAUACGAUCGCUGCCUCUUCGUUUGCUUGAGAAGAGGUGAGCGCUCAAUCAGCGAUGUAGUCAUGUAG